GACACCUCACUUCCCGAAUCUCAGGCCGUGCACUUCCGGUGAUCCUCCCCCGGGACGUCAGAGCGGCGACGGCGAUAGGGGUGGGGGACUGUGAGGAGACUGCGUCUCGGUUCCAACGUUCCCUGGGCGGAGUGGUUUCCGCGAAGGCACCAUCAUGUUCUCUUUCAACAUGUUCGACCACCCGAUUCCCCGGGUCUUCCAGAAUCGCUUCUCCACGCAAUACCGCUGCUUCUCCGUGUCCAUGUUAGCAGGGCCUAAUGACAGGUCAGAUGUGGAGAAAGGAGGGAAGAUAAUUAUGCCACCCUCAGCCCUCGAUCAACUCAGCCGACUGAACAUUACCUACCCCAUGCUGUUCAAACUGACUAACAAGAACUCAGACCGCAUGACACACUGUGGUGUGCUAGAGUUUGUGGCUGAUGAGGGCAUAUGCUAUCUCCCACACUGGAUGAUGCAGAACUUGCUGUUGGAAGAAGGAGGCCUGGUUCAGGUGGAGAGUGUCAAUCUUCAAGUGGCUACGUACUCCAAAUUCCAGCCUCAAAGUCCUGAUUUCCUGGAUAUCACCAACCCCAAAGCAGUAUUAGAAAAUGCAUUGAGAAACUUUGCCUGUCUGACCACCGGUGAUGUUAUUGCCAUCAACUACAAUGAGAAGAUCUAUGAACUGCGGGUAAUGGAGACCAAGCCUGACAAAGCUGUGUCCAUCAUUGAGUGUGACAUGAAUGUGGACUUUGAUGCUCCACUGGGCUACAAAGAACCUGAACGACAAGUCCAGCAUGAGGAGUCAACUGAAGGAGAAUCUGACCACAGUGGUUAUACUGGAGAGCUGGGUUUCCGUGCCUUCUCUGGCUCAGGGAACAGACUGGAUGGUAAGAAGAAAGGGGUGGAGCCCAGCCCUUCCCCAAUCAAGCCUGGAGAUAUUAAAAGAGGAAUUCCCAAUUAUGAAUUUAAACUUGGUAAAAUCACUUUCAUUAGAAAUUCACGGCCUCUGGUCAAAAAGGUGGAAGAGGAUGAAGCUGGAGGCAGAUUUGUUGCUUUCUCUGGAGAAGGACAGUCACUGCGUAAGAAAGGAAGAAAGCCUUAAGAUGGGUCUGUUGGCUGAUUGGAAAAUAAAAGAAUCAAUUGCAACAUAAUGACUUUAAUUACUGACUGACAGGAAUAAGUCUGUCUCUAGAUGCUAUUGCUUUAGAUUUGUUAGAGUUGCCUAAGAGUUACUGAGUUUCACCUAAAAGUAUAGCAUUGGGACUUUUUGGUUGGUUGUGUGCUUGCUUUGGGAAGAGAAAAAAUCUCAGAUUCGGAGGCUUCCUCCUAGUCACUUCUUAAUUUCAGCUCUUGGGGGGGGGGGGGAACAGUCUCACUCUCAGCCAAAGUCAAGUUCCCUGAUUUCUGACAUGAACCAGCUGAUGAAGGAGUUUAAUUGCUCUAGAUUGAAGUAUUAGUUCUUUGUCUUUUCUUUUUCUGUGUAGUUUAGACAUUGCCUUUGUUCUAGGGAAAAACAGUUUAAAUAAAUAAAUACAUACUAUAAAAAGUGUUUAUCCUA